AUGGCGUCUACCCACAGCAACACAGCCUCAAUAGAGGAACCACGGCGCGCUCCGUCAGAACCUAUUGAUGCGGCUGCAGGAGAGCGACAGACCCAGACAUCGGCUGCUGGCACUGAUGCCGUUUGUGCCGACAAAGCCUCCAAUGCUUCCAGCAUUACCAAGAAUGGCGGCGAUUCGGACGGCGUGCAGCAACAGCUGCCCCAGGAAGACAAACAGCGGCGGCAUCCAGAAAUACAGCAGCAGCAGCAGAUUUAUCACCGCGAGGGAGUUUCCACGCCUGUGUUUAAUGAGAAAUCCGACGCCUCCAUUGCAACGCCUAAGACAGCCGUCUUGCCGCGUGCCACCACGUUCGGAUCUACCCUCACCACAUUAACCGCUGCCUCUUCCACCGGCCUCCUUUCCGCUCCUCCUGCAUGCGACAUUCCUGAAUCGACGCCACCAGAUCGCGUCGCCCUAGUCAGGGCCAAGAGGGGAGACGGCUACGUGCCUCAGAGCAACCAGUUGAAGAACGAUCUCUACCGUGCUGUCGGUUUCCUGGAGCUGGCUAAUGCAGGCGAUUUUGCUGCCAAUGUGUGGAACGAGUACCCCGUCCCGGUAUAUGCAACCGUCUUUAUGGCGGUUGGAGCAACAUUCGCCGGCGUCAUGUCCGUCUAUGCCCUUCUCGACUCACGGCGUGCCUUUCGGAAUGUCAAGUUCCUUCGCAAGCAGCGUCGAGAGUUGAAGGAGGCGCGAGCUUGCAGAGCGGCAAAGUCACUGCCCACCAGAGAUUUGGAUGUCCUCUUGUCCGUCAACUUUCGCGAGCUUGGUACAGAAGGUGUCAACCGCUGGGCGCUCAACAUGUUUAUGGGCGUCGGUGCCGUGCUCAUCUGCGUAGGCACGUAUCUUGCCAUUGCUGGAGCCAACAAGGGCAUCUUCUUGGCCAGUAACCUGCUCUCUGGAUACAUCGGUAAUGCCCCAAUCGCCAUCUUUGGCGCCACCAACUCUUGCUGGGCGUUCUACAUCCUCUGCAAGGCCCAGGGGCACAUCAACGCAGCUAAAAAGGCCAUUCCGGGCACCCAAUCCCUGGCUCUGAUAAAGAGGCGCAGCAGGAACGUGCAGAUUUAUACUGGCAUCAACGGCACUGCCACGAUCUUAGGAGGAGUCGGCUCCAUGAUCACCGCAACACGGUGGUGGGGCUACGUGAUACUAAUACCCGUCAUCUUGGCUUCGGUUUUCUGCAAUUACUGGUGGCGUACCAGAGCUGGCUAUUCUCGCAGAGAUCUGGUGCCCUAUGGAUUGUCGAUAUUCAGCGUCGAUGAGCUGUCUACAGCCUUGGAGUUUGCUGCAAGAGCAGAAGCUAAGAUCAAAGAGCAAAAGAAGACACCGAUCAACUCAUUUGUUUCGGAUCCAUCGUCUCUGCGGUCCGUACUUACAUUUAUACAAGAACAGGAAUUACUUGAACCUUUUUGCCUACGGCUUGUUCAAGAUGCAGGCUUACGAACGACAAUCGGUUGUCCCAAUAGUCCUGCAGAAAUCGAAAUCACCGUCGAUUCUCUCCUGAAUCUGCCCAAAGAGUCUCACCCGGCCAUCAUUCAGAUCGCUCAGGACACAGUUCGAAAGAUCGGAUCGAAUCACUUUAAAUAUCGAGAGCGCUACGCGGCUGAACUGCUUGGCACAUACCUUGCUAUUUCACGGCAAGAAGCGAAAAAAAGAGACAAGAAAAAAUCUCAGUCUGAGAAGCCUACUCGGCGAUGA